CCCUGUCAGACAGAUCAGAGCGGAAGAGAUGGAAGAAUACUUAACAUUCUGUUUUCUGAUUUUUGUUGUUUAAAACGUGUACAUAAUAGCCACGUGUUACUUUUUAGCCGUUAUUAUGGUUUGGCUUAGGCUUAGCUCUUGUAGAAGGUCUCAUAGCUCUAUAAAUAAGAGGCCUAAUCCCUUGUAAUAGUUGAGUUCAGAUUAAUCAAUACAAGUUCUUUCCAGUAAUUGUGUUUGCAAUUGCUUUUCAGUGAGAGUCUCUUUGUGAGUGAAAGCAAGGUGAUCUUCCGGGUAAUUCCACAAAGAUUGAGAGAGUGCCUUUCAAUUGGAGUGUGAGGACGAGGCCAAUCAAUCCAGUGCGGGUUAUUUGUCUCUAUCCACGGCCAAAGGACCACUUCUUGGAGUUGUUCUGGCCAGCCUUCAUGGAGUUGUUCUGGCCAGAAGGUGUGUCAUUGUGUGUAAUUGGAUCUUAACAUCGGUUCUUGGUUGAGUUCUUCGUGUUCUUGGAAUGUUCAUCCCAUAUAUGCAUCAACUUGGUAUCAGAGCCUAAGUUCUGAGAAGGGACAAGGACAAGGGAGUAUCAAUAAAGUCAGGUAACAAGCCAUUUUUCACAUUCUGAGAAGGAGUGAUCAGAGAGAAAGGUAUAGUGCGAUUUUUGUUUCAAUUUCGCCAAUACAGGUACGUUUCAAUUUCUCUUUGUUAAUAAUUCGUUUACAAUUAAGGAUUACAGAAUAUAUUUGAUCAUUAUACGCAUUUGAUUGUGGAAUGAAAAAAAAUUCUGAAUUUCUGAUUAUCGUAUCAUUGAAUGCGCAUCAAAUUGAUUUCUGAAAAUCUGUUCUGAGUCACUAUACAUAUCAAAUUUUGUCAAUUAAUUCAUUUACAUUCGAUUCUUGAAUGUCCUAAGUGUAUGUUUGUUGAAAUUUGAUGACAAUUGCGAUUUAACUAUUCGAACAUUGAGUUUUCGCUGAGGAAAUUGGUACCUUCCAGAUAGUCAGAAAAUGCUGCAACCAAAAGAGGAACUCAGAAUGAAUAACAUAAAAGAAAAGGAGCAAUGCAAUACCACCUCAGACAAAGACAUCAAAUGUGAAAAGCUGCAGGAAGGAACUUUGAUAUGGGAGUAUUUGGACCUCAUCUCAAAGGUUUUCACCGUUAAUAAUACAGGAAGGCAUGAGAGCAACGCAGAAUUGAGGACAAUUCUAUUUAAAGAAGGAGGGAAUGAUCCAAAUAUGGGUAGCCCACAAGCCAAGAUAAGCCAAGCCAAGAAAAACCAAGGAGGAUACAUGGCUGAUCAACCUAUUGAUUGGAUGUUCACUAACUUACCUGCUGACCUUGCUGAACAUACUGACUUGGACGCGACAAUUGAGGAAGGCCAGUCCCAAGCUAGACCAAACAUGAGUAUCCAAGCAUGGCAAAGCAAAGAAGAAUCAAUGAGGAACGUCACAGCAACACUUAAGCAAUACAAAGACAUGCAUUCUGGUCAGCAGACAACAGAGCAACCAUCUGACGACCAACCUACCUUGCGCACAAUAGAACGCCUGGUCUGGUGCACGUAUCAACAUGGAAACUCAAGGGAUGGCAUCUUUGGACAUGGAAGAAAAAGCCAAGACUCAGAGUUAGCACGGAGAGUCCUCACAGAGCCCACAAGAUUAGCUCCAAGGUCGUGUGUUCGCCUGAUAUUCGAUAAUGGCUGAUCCAGAACUGCCAGCCAUCACCUGCUGAGCAGCAGACCUUCGAGCUAAUCCACGGAGUCAACCUAAGCAUCCUAGGAUACACCAAGGGUAGUUUUGGAAUCUCGAUACAUGGACCUUUCCAUCAACACCUUAAGUGCCUCCUAACGAUCACAAUAAGACACCAAGAAAGGGAGCUGAAGGUCCCCUGUCAGACAGAUCAGAACGGAAGAGAUGGAAGAAUACUUAACAUUCUGUUUUCUGAUUUUUGUUGUUUAAAACGUGUACAUAAUAGCCACGUGUUACUUUUUAGCCGUUAUUAUGGUUUGGCUUAGGCUUAGCUCUUGUAGAAGGUCUCAUAGCUCUAUAAAUAAGAGGCCUAAUCCCUUGUAAUAGUUGAGUUCAGAUUAAUCAAUACAAGUUCAUUCCAGUAAUUGUGUUUGCAAUUGCUUUUCCAUGA